CACCUUUCUGCUCUCUAAAUUGCAGCUGAGCUGAGAACAGUUUGAGCGAUGCAUCCUCAAGGUUACCCGACUGAAGCCGUGCCAUUACAGGGUGCGAAUUAUGGUGGACUCCCUGGUCAGCCUGGAGUGGUCCAGCACACUGCUGUGAACAUCACCGCAGGGCAACAAGUCAUCACUGAGCGCCCCAAAGACUAUAUCAUCUGGUCGCUUUUUUCCCUUGUCUACGCAAAUCCUUGUUGCUUUGGACUUGCAGCUCUCAUUUAUUCCAUCAAGGCCAGAGACAGGAAGAUGGUUGGAGAUAUGGAUGGUGCACGACAUUAUGGCUCCACUGCUCGCAAUCUCAACAUUGUUGCCACAGUCAUAGUUACCACUGCAAUCCUGAUUACCAUUAUUGUAUUCAUUGCUAAAGCAGCUUCCUAUCACAGUUACAGUAACAGUUACAAUUACAACUAUCGAUAUUAAUUACUUUAUAAUCAUUUUAGAGUCUCCUCCUGCUGUGAUGAGGUCACAUUUGUGUUUUUCUGCUUAAAAUAAAUUUUGCAAUCUUCUAGAACUUUUUAAUCGCAUCAUCUGGAAAAGAAGACAUUUGACAUAAAUCUUCGAUGGAAGUCUUCUCUAUUUCUUUACUGAUAAGUUUUAUUUUCAGACUUUGUUAUUUGAUACUUAUAUCCUGUCAGCAAAUCAUUGAGAACUGAAAAGCUUCAUAUUUCAAUAAAGGUCCCUCAAUAUUACUGUUUUA